AUGGCCCUCUCCUGCCCCCGCACCCUGAGCCUGGAGGCCCUGGACGGCUGGCACCCCGACCCUGACCAGGACCCGGCGGGCCACCCGCCCAGCGAGACCCGUGAGUCCUUUCUUCCCGGCUGGGGGCCAGGGCGCAGAGGGAGGCAGGGCUGCCGUGGAGACGGCCUUGCGGGGAGACACCCUGGCAGGCCGGGGCAAGGGAAGGGCUCGCCACAGGGGACCCCAGCCCCUCAGAGUGGGCUCUACUGCCGCUCUCCCUGCACCUCCUCUUUGGGUUGGGACAGUGGGUGCCACUGUGGGGCCUGCGCCGGGCCUGCCGGGCAGAGGCUGAGGACUGGCUCUCUUGCUUCUGCCUCUGCGUGUCCUGUGUCCCUGCAUGGCUUCCGUGGCCUGGCGGCUGCCCCAGUCCUAGACCUAGAGGCUGAGCGCAGCGUGGACGUGAUCCUGGUGGGCUCCAGCGAGCUGUCGUCCCCAGCAUCACCCGGGUGGGGCAGAGAUCUCAUUGCGUAUGAAGUCCGGGUGAACCAGAGAAGCAUAGAAGACAUCUGCCUCUGCUGUGGAAGCUUCCAGGUUCACACGCAGCACCCUCUGUUUGAGGGGGGAAUGUGUGCUCCGUGUAAGGACAAGUUCCUGGACACCCUCUUCCUGUACGAUGACGACGGGUACCAGUCCUACUGUUCCAUCUGCUGCUCGGGGGAGACGCUGCUCAUCUGCGAAAACCCCGACUGCACCCGAUGCUACUGUUUUGAGUGUGUCGACAACCUGGUCAGCCCGGGGACGUCGGAGAAAGUUCACGCCAUGAGCAACUGGGUGUGCUUCCUGUGCCUGCCCUUCUCCCGCAGCGGGCUGCUGCAGCGCCGGCACAAGUGGCGUGCCAGGCUGAAGGCCUUCUGCGACCGCGAGUCGGAGAGUCCGCUUGAGAUGUACCAAACCGUGCCCGUGUGGAAGAGAGAGCCAGUGCGAGUGCUGUCCCUCUUCGGGGACAUUAAAAGAGAGCUGACGAGUCUGGGGUUUUUGGAGGACGGCGCUGGCCCCGGAGGGCUGAAGUACCUGGACGACGUCACGGACGUGGUGAGGAGGGAUGUGGAAGAAUGGGGCCCGUUCGAUCUCCUGUACGGCGCGACGCCUCCCCUGGGCCACACCUGCUACCAUCCCCCCGGGUGGUACCUGUUCCAGUUCUGCCGGCUCCGGCAGUACGCCAGGCCCCCGCCGGGCAGCCCGAGGCCCUUCUUCUGGAUGUUCGUGGACAACCUGGUGCUGACCCAGGAAGACGUGGCCGCGGCGACUCGAUUCCUGGAGAUGGAGCCUGUGACCAUCCAGGACGUGUGUGGCAGAGCCCUCCAGGAUGCCACGCGAGUGUGGAGCAACAUCCCGGCCGUGAGGAGCAAGCACUCGGGCCCCAUCUCUGAAGAGGAACUGUCCCUGCUGGCUCAGGACAGGCAGAGGGCAAGGCUGCCCCCCCGGACGCCCGCCCAGCUGGUGAAGAACUGCUUUCUCCCCCUAAGAGAAUAUUUCAAGUAUUUUUCAGCAGAGCUCACUUCCUCUUUAUAAAUGAGUCACUGUGCUGUGAAAAAGAGACUGACUUUUCCUAGAACAAAGACAACUUUCCUUACAUUGUCUGCCUUUUCCUCUUCGGAUUAUCAUUUUAUUUGCUUGCUUAACUUUGGGUGUCUUGUGGUCACUACAGACCUGUCUCCUGUUCGGUUCUGAGCCGCCGGGUCCCCGCCACGCUGGCCCGUGGGCCGGGCAAGGCGCCGUGUUUCGUGCGUGUUGUUCUUCCCGAAAACACUUCUGUGCUCCAGUGGAGA